AGGCACGGAGAAGAGGACCCACACAUGAACCAUAGCAUGGGCCACUUAUACCGUCCAAACAUGGCAACUCACGAAGCAGAUUCCGAAGCCGGUGUUGGAUUUUGUGGAAAGAUGUGGCUGUUUUGUGCUGCACUGCUGGCUCUGGGCUCUGUCGACUCUGUCAAUGGGGACUCAAAAGCAGUUACAACGACACUGACUACUAAAUGGCCCUCGACACCUCUCCUGUUGGAAGCCAGCGAGUUCCUUGCCGAGGAGAGUCAGGACAAGUUCUGGGCCUUUGUGGAAGCCAACCAGAACAUUGAGAAUGAUCAUGAUGACACGGAUCAGGCUUACUAUGACCUGAUCCUGAAGAGAGCUGGUGAGCUGCUGAGCCCAGUGCAGUUAAACCUGCUGAAGUUCUCCUUAUCUCUGAGGGCUUACUCAUCCACCAUCCAUUCUUUCCAGCAGAUUGCAUCCAAUGAGCCUCCUCCAUCUGGCUGUAAAGCAUUCUUUAAUGUACACGGACAGAAAUCUUGUGAUUCUGAAAGACUACAAGGCAUGCUGGACAAUGCCUUAGAACGGCCAAAGCCAAACCUGUUCAAAGGUGAUCACAGAUACCAUUCAGCCAAUCCUGAUGCACCAGUUGUGAUUUUGUACGCUGAAAUGGGCACCAAAGAAUUCUCCAGACUCCAUCAACUGAUGCUUUCAAAAGCCAACAAGGGCAUGAUCACUUAUGUUCUGCGGCACUUUCUUGCUAGCCCAAGUAAAAGUAAAGUACACCUGUCUGGAUAUGGAGUGGAACUGGCCAUCAAAAACCAGGAGUACAAAGCCAAAGACGACACACAAGUUCAGGCUGGAGCUGAUGCAAAUGCAACGGUAAUAGGUGAAAAUGAUCUGGUGGAUGAAGUGCAGGGCUUUCUUUUUGGCAAACUCAAAACCAUUUACCCUGAACUUAAGGAACAGCUGAAGGAGCUCCGGAAGCAUUUGAUAGAGAGUACCAAUGAAAUGGCUCCACUCAAAGUCUGGCAAAUGCAAGAUCUCAGCUUUCAGACUGCUGCUCGUAUCCUGGCAGCUCCCUCUGUGGAUGCUCUCAAUGUCAUGAAGGAUUUGAGCCAAAACUUUCCCACCAAAGCCAGGUCCAUAACAAAAACGGUGGUUAAUUCGGAGAUCCGUAAGGAGAUUGAGGAGAAUCAAAAGUAUUUUAAGGGGACUUUAGGGCUCCAGCCUGGAGACUCAGCUCUGUUCAUCAAUGGACUCCAUAUUGACUUGGAUGUGCAGGAUAUUUUCAGUGUUUUUGAUGUGUUGAGGAAUGAGGCAAGGGUCAUGGAGGGUCUGCGUAGUCUGCUCAUAGAAACGCCAUACAUCCACGACAUCCUCAAACUCAACGUUCAGCCUUCAGACUCUGACUAUGCCGUAGACAUCCGCAACCCUGCUGUUCACUGGAUUAAUAACCUGGAGACAGACGGCAGAUAUGCUUCCUGGCCCUCUAAUGUGCAAGAACUGCUGCGGCCCACUUUUCCUGGAGUCAUUCGACAGAUCCGGAAGAACUUCCAUAAUCUGGUGAUGAUUCUGGAUCCGACCCAUGAGAACACGGCUGAGCUGCUCGGAGUGGCAGAGAUGUUUUACAGCAACAACAUCCCACUCAGGAUUGGCGUGGUGUUUGUGGUGAACGAUUCUGAUGAUGUUGAUGGGAUGCAAGAUCCUGGUGUGGCUCUUCUUCGAGCUUUCAACUAUAUAGCUGAUGACGUGGACGGCCAAAUGGCCUUCGAUGCUGUCAUAUCAAUAAUGAAUAGGAUUCCCAGUGGAGACAAACUGAAGGUGGAGCAUGUGGUGGGUGUGUUGGAGAAGAGAUAUCCAUAUGUAGAGAUCAGCAGCAUCUUGGGCCCUGACUCUGCUUACGAAAACAACAGAAAAGAGGGAAAGGCAUAUUAUGAGCAGACUGGUGUUGGCCCUCUGCCAGUGGUGUUGUAUAAUGGUAUGCCUUUACAGCGUGAGCAGUUAGACCCUGAUGAACUUGAAACGGUCGUCAUGCACAAGAUCUUGGAGACCACCAGCUUUUUUCAGCGCACUGUCUAUCUGGGUGAGCUGAACAGUGAUCAUGACGUGGUGGAUUAUAUCAUGAAUCAGCCCAACGUGGUCCCUCGAAUCAAUUCCAGAAUUCUGAGCACCAGCAGGAAUUAUCUGGACCUUUCCGCCACCAAUAAUCAUUUUAUUGACGAAUAUGCACGUUUCCUGUUUUUGGAUGCCAAAGACAAGAAUGCAGCGGUGGCCAACAGUAUGAAUUACAUGACAAAGAAAGGGAUGUCAACCAGGGAUGCUUCUGAUGAUGGCAUCAUCCGUCCGGUGACUUUCUGGGUAGUGGGAGACUUUGACCAGCCAUCGGGUCGACAGCUGCUGUAUGAUGCCAUACGUCACAUGAAAACCAGUAAUAAUGUGCGAUUAGGACUGAUCAAUAACCCCAGUGAGAACCCCUCUAAUGAGAACAGUCUGAUCGCUCGAGCCAUAUGGGCAGCCAUGCAGACGCAAACCUCCAACAACGCCAAAAAUUUCAUCACCAAAAUGGCUAAAGAGGAGACGGCGCAGGCUCUUUACGGAGGCAGUGACAUUGCGGAGUUUGCUGUCGGGGGCAUGGAUGUUCCUCUCUUUAAGAGCGCGUAUGAGUCUCCUAAUGUGAACUUCCUGCUGGCUCAUUCUGCGUACUGUAGAGAUGUCCUCAAACUGCAGAAGGGCCAGAGAGCUGUGAUCAGCAAUGGAAGGAUCAUUGGCCCACUGGAGGAAAGGGAGGUCUUUAACCAGGAUGAUUUCCUGCUUUUGGAGAGCAUUAUUCUGAAGACAUCAGGGGAGCGGAUAAAGGGCAAAAUCCAACAGAUGGGCAUGGUAGAGGACAGAGCUAGUGAUCUGGUGAUGAAGGUGGAUGCCCUGCUGUCUUCACAGCCGAAAGGGGAAGCAAGGAUCGAGCACACUUUUGCUGAAGACAGAUACAGCGCUGUGAAAAUCAGACCAAAGGAAGAGGAAGUGUACUUCGAUGUUGUAGCUGUUUUAGAUCCAGUGACCAGAGAUGCUCAGAAACUAGCACCUCUACUCCUGGUAUUGAAGCAGCUGGUGAACGUCAACCUGCGAGUGUUCAUGAACUGCCAGUCCAAGCUCUCUGACCUCCCGCUGAAAAGUUUUUAUCGAUAUGUUUUGGAGCCAGAGAUUGUGUUUCUGACCGAUAGUAGCUUUGCUCCUGGUCCGAUGGCUAAGUUCUUAGAUAUGCCUCAGUCGCCUUUGUUCACUCUGAACCUGAACACCCCAGAAAGCUGGAUGGUUGAGUCUGUCCACACACGUUACGAUCUGGAUAACAUAUACCUUGAAGAGGUGGACAGUGUCGUGGCCGCCGAGUAUGAGUUGGAGUAUUUAUUACUGGAGGGUCACUGUUUUGACGUGACCACAGGUCAGCCUCCCCGUGGUCUGCAGUUCACUCUGGGCACUGCCUCCGACCCUGUCAUAGUGGACACCAUCGUCAUGGCCAACCUGGGUUAUUUCCAGCUGAAAGCAAACCCAGGAGCCUGGAUGCUCAGGCUGAGGAAAGGCAGGUCGGAUGAUAUCUACAAAAUCUACAGUCACGAUGGCACAGACUCUCCAGCCGAAGCUGAUGAUUUAAUCGUCGUCCUUAACAACUUCAAGAGCAAGAUCAUUAAAGUGAAAGUGCAGAAAAAGCCUGAUAUGAUAAAUGAGGAGCUUCUCAGUGAUGGUACCCAUGAGAACGAGUCUGGAUUCUGGACAUCUAUAGCCAGAGGAUUCACUGGUGGUUCAAACCCAGAAGAACCCAAACAGGAAAAAGACGAUGUUAUCAACAUUUUCUCUGUGGCCUCUGGUCAUUUAUACGAGCGGUUCCUCAGGAUAAUGAUGCUGUCUGUGCUCAAACACACCAAGACACCCGUCAAGUUCUGGUUCCUCAAAAACUACCUGUCGCCAACUUUUAAGGAAUUCAUUCCAUAUAUGGCAGAGAAGUAUGGUUUCCAGUAUGAGUUGGUGCAGUAUAAAUGGCCACGUUGGCUUCACCAGCAGACAGAAAAGCAAAGGAUCAUUUGGGGCUAUAAGAUUCUGUUCCUCGACGUGCUCUUCCCGCUGGCUGUGGACAAGUUCCUCUUUGUGGAUGCGGAUCAGAUAGUUCGCACAGACCUGAAGGAGCUGCGAGAUUUUGACCUAGAAGGGGCGCCUUAUGGUUACACACCUUUCUGCGAGAGCCGAAGAGAAAUGGACGGAUAUCGUUUUUGGAAGUCUGGAUACUGGGCCAGUCAUUUGGCCGGACGUAAAUACCACAUCAGUGCUCUGUAUGUGGUCGAUCUGAAGAAGUUCAGGAAGAUUGCAGCUGGAGACCGACUGAGAGGCCAGUACCAGGGUCUGAGUCAAGACCCCAACAGUCUGUCUAAUCUGGACCAGGAUUUGCCCAACAACAUGAUUCACCAAGUGCCAAUUAAGUCACUUCCUCAGGAAUGGCUUUGGUGUGAAACCUGGUGUGAUGAUGCGUCUAAAAAGAAAGCCAAAACUAUAGAUCUGUGCAAUAACCCACAAACAAAAGAGCCGAAGCUGCAGGCUGCUGUACGUAUAGUAGGUGAGUGGAGCGACUAUGACCAGGAGAUAAAGAGAAUCUACAACAACUUCCUGGAUGAGAAAGAAAGAGGCACCUUAGAAGGCUAUCAGUCAACAGACAGAAAACACCCAGGUGGUGUUACACACUCAGAGCUCUGAGCUGAGGCACUGCAACUGAAGAACAGGGGACUCUGUUCAAAGAGUCGUCUCUUUUUCAACCUUUUUAAAACCAAGCCUAUCCUCCAGGAAUGGGUUGACAUUCGUGCUGAACUUGACUUGAACAGAAUUCAUGCAAAAUUCUUGCGUUUGUACCUGAGGUUUUUGAGGAAAUCACACGGACAGACAAAAGCUCCUCUUUCUAGGUAAUUUUAAUAUUGAACCUCAAAUAAAGAUGCAAUAAAAAACAAACAAACAAACAAACAAAAAACAGUUUCACUAGAGCAGAAAGACUGCAGUCGUACAGUAGGGAAUGAUUUAAUUAAAUAAAUAACUGCAUGUGCUCAAUUUUAUUAAUAAAACCGAUUUCAUAAACAUUUCUUUUUUACUGUAACAUUAGGCAAUGACUCAUUUUCAUGAAAAUGAUUAGUAAAUCAUGAAAUUUGAGUUGCAGAAUGUUUUUUUAAGGCCACUCAUGCUAAUGAAAAAAUUAAUGUCCUAACAGUUGGACUUAAAAGCACAGAUCAUUUCCUUUGACGAAUCACAGUCCAGUUAAAGACUUGCUUUAAAUGAUGUUUUUGAUAAACAAGUCAGUGCUAGCCUGGAAAGGUUUUGAGUUGUUUUUCAUACUAUGUAGUUUCACAAAAUGUGUAAAAUCGAAUUGCUCAUCAAAAGACUUUGAACUCAGGAACAAGUCGUCAGUUGAUUUAGUCGUAGCUAAAGAUUUAGUUUUGUUAACUUCACAGGAGGGAACUUUAAUUUGCUGAAAAUUUUCUCUGGGCAACGAAAAGCUUGUUGCAACAUAAUGUUGGUUUGUACGCUGCAAAAAAAAAAGUGUUUCUAACGUUCUAGUCCAAAUAUUUAAAGGUUCUUAAAUCAAGAAGCAUUUCCUGCACAAGUAAAAUAAAAUAUGGUUUGGUUUUCAUAAAUACUUGGUCAAAAUUGAAUGAGUUUUUCCUUAAAACAACCUAAAUAAUGUUGGUGGGGCAAGUAAAAUAAUAUGAAUUCAAAAAUAAUAUAAAUUUUUUAAUUAUUUAGCGCUUCUAAAAGAACACUCAUUCAAUUUGUACCAAUUAUUUAAAAAAAAAAACAAGCCAUAUAUAUUUUUUUUACUUGUAAACUACUUUUAGCUUUUUUUUUUUUUUCUUCCUGAUUUGGGACUACAAAUAAAACUAAGUGUUUUUUUAUUUUUUGCAGUGCACAGUAGUUACACUUUAAAAUGAUUUAUAGUAGCAGCAGCCGCUUUGAAUGUUAACACUCGACUGAAUGGCCGUUAUCAGUGGUUAUCAACUGAUAGAUAUGGGCCAGUAGGUUACAAUUCAUCCACAUGGUUAAUCAGCUAUACUUGUACUUAAAACUCCAGAUCUGUUUUUACAGUACAUGUUACGGUAGGGUGUAGUGUUGAAGUAAGGGUAGAAGUUAAUAAUUAAAUACAAUUAAUGGGAAAUUUACUAAAUAAUAUACAUGAUUAUCGUGGUUAAUCAACUAUGCUAAUAGAGAAGACGCCAGAUCCAGAUCUGUUUUUACAUUACUGUGACGGUUGGGUUUAGUGUUGGUGUAGGGGUAAAAUACAAAUUGAUGGGAAAUUUAGAAAACAAUUUAAAUAAUUUUCGUUAACUUCCAGCCACAGCAGUAUGUGAUCUACAGCUGAUUAACCAUGAGGAUGGAUGAAAACAGCCUUCUGAGCCUACUAGUAGGUGCAAAAGGCCCCUAUUCGCCAAUAUCUGUCAACUGAUAAUCACUGAUAACGCCCAUUCAGUCGAGCGAUAACAUUCGAAUUGGCUGAUAGCAUUCAGUUAAUAAAACUCAAAAGUCAACUCUAAAGUCAGUAGUCCCUACAGGAUUGAAAUCAUGGCUGUAGAGUAUUAUGAGGGCAAAGGGGAAAAAAUCUACUUUUUAGCAGACAUUGCUUACAGGUUUACAGGUUGUUGGAAUUGUUUUUUGUUCGUUUUAAUGUCACUCAACUCAAAGAUGUGGUGAUCUUGUCUGAUUGUCACCUAUGCUUAUUACAAUUCGUUUCUGUGGUAUUGCUCUUUUAGGUUUUGAGAAUGGCCUCUGUUGACCACUAUAUGUUGGUUUAUAAUCCAUGAAAUGAGAUUUAAGUAAUACAGAUGUGUUGCAUCUUGAGCGAUUAGCUGGAAAAAUCACCUGGCAAUAGAGCCCAGUGUUUCAGUAAUAUCAGAUUUUAAAUGGAAAAUUGGGUUUGCGCAGUGCCUUGUGCUUUAUUCUGUUUGAGAGGUACAUUACAGUCUUGUGGUUUGUCUACUCUCUGCUGUUUUUUAUGGAGUAUAUUCAAUAUGGGGAAGAUGAACUGAUUUAGUCAAUGCUAUGAUACUUUGGAAUAUACUGUAAGAGUAAUUGUGGGAUGACAAUAUUUUGUAAUAAAAGAUGUACCAAAUGGUA